AUGGCUCGCGGAAAUCAGAGGGACAAGGCUCGUGAGGCCAACCAGAAGAAGCUGGCCGCGCAGAAGAAGGGAAACAGCAUGAGCGGCACCGAGAUGCAGCGCGCCAAGGAGAGCGCCGCCGAUAUCAUGCGCGCGAAGCAGGCUGCUGCCGAAGCGAAAAAAGCCGAGGCCGCCAAGAAAUGA